UGCUGCUGAUAGAAGCCUUCACUAUCCUACUCCAGAGUUUAUUUUCUUAAUUAUUAGGACAAAGUUUGUGUGAAAAAUGUUUUCUCCUAAACCCCCGAAGCCGACAUUCAAGUCUUACCUUUCUCCACUUCAGACUGAUGUGAAGAAAUGUAUUCCAGUAACCACCAAGAAACUUGAAGCAAGACUCUUACCUGGAGAGAUCGUGGUGAACGAGGCCAACUUUGUGAGGAAGUGCAUCGGGUUAGACAGCAGUCAGGACGACCUGUGGGGAAAGCUCAUUUGCACCAACUUCAAGGUCUCCUUUGUUACCCAUGAUUCUCUGCCACAACAGAGGUUCCAGUGUGUCCAUCGCCUGCUGGGAGAUCAUGAUAUUCCUCUGGCAUGUGUUGAGCAGGCAGUUACUGUGAAUGAUGCUAAGGGGAAGCAGAAGGUUCUGGGCUCCAAUAAGAAGCUAAAGUUCAAUCCCACCGAGUUAAUACUCUACUGCAAGGAUUUCCGCAUUGUCCGCUUCCGCUUCGACGAGGCCGGGCCCGAGAGUUCCAAGAGGGUCUGCCUCGCCAUUGCCCACUACUCCCACCCAGCCGACACCCAGCUAUUGUUCGGCUUUGAGUACGUUGGCACCCGCUUCCACGGCUCCUUAGGUGAGAAGGUGAAUGGAGUGGACCCUGGUUUGGGCGUGCAAACACCAAUGUUUGACUGCUCGUCCGACUGGGACAGAGAGAUCAAACGCACUGGUGCUUCAGAAUGGAGAGUGUGCGCCAUCAAUGAGGACUAUCUGAUCUCCCCCAGUCUCCCAGAGUUCUUUGUGGUUCCGUCUUCAUUGGCAGAUCAGGACCUGAAGCAUUACGCCUGUUACUUCAGUUCUCAGCGCAUCCCUUUAUGGUGCUGGAAUCACCCCAAUGGGAGCGCCCUGGUUCGAAUGUCCAGCAUCACCGAUCCCCAACAGCAGAGGAAGCUAGAUCAGAGGAUUUGCAAUGCAGUAAUUAAAAGCCACCCGCUGCGCAGCAAUGUCCAGAAGACAGAUUUGGACAAGAGUCUGCCGAAUAUUCAGGAAAUCCAGGCUGCUCUAGUGAAAAUGCGGCAGAUCUGUGUGAUCGAUCCUUUUGAGGAGUCUGAGGAGAGGUGGAUGUCCUCCAUAGAAAGCUCUCGAUGGAUGGAAUAUGUUAGAGCAUUUUUGAUGCAUGCAGUGGAGGUCGUCUACAUCCUGGAGGGGAAACAAAGCUCUGUCAUUCUGCAAGAGGAAGAGGACAGGGAUCUGAGCUGUGUGAUCUCAUCUCUGGUCCAGUUGAUGUGUGACCCUCAUUGCCGGAGUCUGGCGGGUUUCCAGGGCUUGGUGCAGAAGGAGUGGGUGAUGGCUGGCCAUCGCUUUCUCGAUCGCUGCAAUCAUCUGAAGAAGAACGACAAGGAAGAGUCUCCUCUGUUCCUGCUGUUCCUCAACUGUGUAUGGCAGAUAAUGGAGCAGUACCCGGCAGCGUUUGAGUUCACAGAGAUGUAUCUGACCGUGCUAUGUGACAGCAUGUGGGUGCCCAUGUUCAGCACCUUCCUCUUCAACUGCCCACAGCAGAGAGAUGAACACAGCAGGGAUUUUGCCCUGAGUAAGUGCAUUUCAUUGGGGAAGGACAAGGCUCUGCGUUUCCCUCCUGUGUGGGACUGGUCUCAACAAUUCAACCUGAAAGAUCAGGCCCUUUUUAACAACCCUCUGUAUGUGGGCAAAAGUGCCCCCUGUGUGCACAACGGCACAGUGCGGACCUUCACAAGCAGACGCAGCAAGAAGAACUACAGCUCCACACUGCGAGGCCUGCCUUCAGAUCUGAAGAACGGUGGAUUCGCCGAGCUUGCGACUCUCACACGCCGCAAUUCUUUGAUGCCACGACUACGAUCCGACUUGGUUCAGAUGCCAGAGAAGCAGGAGAGCCCUGCCGAGCGCUUCCUCCACGACUGGCUCUCGAGACCAGCCGACCUGCAGGGUAUGUUGCUGCCCCAACUCCUGCCUUCCCACCUGCCCCUGUGGAAGCUCUACUUCCUGCGCUGGGUCCCCGAGGCUCAGAUCCCCAAAGGCGGCUCCAUCACUUCCUUCCACAAGCUCUCGCUGCUCGUGGACGAGAUCGAAAUGCUCCAGAACCAGCUGAGGCGGUACACGGGAGGGACGACUCCAGCUCUCAGCCCAUCUAGUCCCCAGGUUGGCAGGAUGUACUUUAAAACAGGAUUAUCUCCUGGAGAGUCUCCCGCUCCGGAUUACCUCAGCUCCUCUUUUCCUUUCUCCCCCAUGGGGAAUCUGUGUCGACGCAGCGUGUUGGGAACUCCCUUGAGUAAGUUCCUUAACGGAGCCAAGAUCUGGCUGUCUACUGAGACGCUGGCCAAUGAAAGUCUCUAGACUUUUGUAACCCCUAAUUCAGAAGCCACUAACAUGUCAUGUUCACACUGGUUUAUUUGGUUUGGGUUUUCUUUUCCGGAACUUUGGAAUCUUCUAGCUCCAAAUGCAGACAAAAUGAUGUUGGGAUUGCUGUGUUUUUACAAGGGAAAAGAUGGUGAAAAGUUAAAACUGUUGAACUGUUUGUGCAGGCAUGGACAAAGCUUGAAUAAUUCUGUCUGAACUGGACUGCUAAAGGUCCAGCUUUCUCUCUCUCUCUCUCUCUCUCUCUCUCUCUCUCUCUCUGUGCUGUUGUGAUUAACUAAAGCACUUGAGAUUAUUUAGACUCUUGUUUAGACUAAAUAAUGACAUGAUCCUUGGUGGAGUGUGGUGUUUUUUUAUGUGACUUGAUUGCACAAUUCUUGUAGAAUGUCAUGUAGAGCUGACUUAUCUAAUUUUUUUAUUAAUACCUGUCUAAUAAUUCUUUUUUAUAAAGAUUGACGUGUAGAUAAUAUAAUUGCGGCUGCAUUCCCAAUACAACCCUCUCUGUCUGUGUAGGAACUGAAAUAAUUGCAGUUGGUUAAAUUCUGGCUGCACAGAGCAGAGUUCAUCCCUAACAGUUAUUUAAUUGGCUAAUAAAUUGAUUCAUCUCUGGUUUAUCAUCAGGUGGUAAAAAUGCAUUCUAGCCCUGACUGCCAGGAAGCUGAAAUGUUUUAGUCGAUCUAGCUCUGCUGCCCAGGAGCAGAGAUCAUUGUGAUUUGUUCAUUACUGACCAGCAAGGAGCAUAAAUUAUAAUGAUUAGUUCAUUUCUGGCUGGCUAGGAGCACAGAUGCUUGUCAGAGUGUUAUCUUUGUCUGCCAGCAUGCAGAAACAAAUCUGAUUGGGUAGCUUAUACCUGCCAGUAAGCAAAAAAAGGUGCCUGGUUAGGUCGUUUCUGACUGCCAGUGAGCAGAAGCAAGUCUAAUUUGCUCAUUUCUGGCUGCCCAGGAUCCAAAGAAAUCUCUAACGCUUCAGCUCUGGCUGGCUUGGAGCAGAAAUUAAUCUGAGGGUGUCACCUCGGGUCUCAUUGGAGCAAAAAUCAUUUCGGAGUUGGAUUAUAAAGCAAAUUUAAAUGUGACUUUUUGUAGUGAUGUUUCUAGCCAGUGCUGAUCGUUUUCCUGCCCUGUGUGCAGUUUUGGCAUUAGGGACACAGGACUGUAAAUGAAUUCUGUGGUAGAAGAUCUUAACACUUUUUAUUUUAGUGUGUAUAUAGACUUUCUGAAAGACCUUCUGGUAAGGUCUGACUGUAGCUAGCUUUGUUCAUAUGGAGAAUUAAAUGGGUAAAGUCAGGGAUUACCCACAUUAACCCCCAAAACACAGGAGACAGCUGUGUGCACAUGGCAAUAUCUUACAUGCUAGCUGGCCUUGUAUGUCAGAUUCCUUUGCUAUUGACUGACUACUGAUACAGCCAGUCAGCUGGUCGGUUUGGUACAGCAGUCAAGCGCACAGUAUUCUUUUAGGCACAUAGUUAAUUAGCUUUAGAUUAUAAGGGAGGUUGAGGGUUCACUUGGGAAAACAGCACUUGUUACCUCCUUUUACUUUUAGACUUUAAAAAAGCUUGGACGUUUCAUUUAAAUUGAAUUUUAUUGUAUAGUUUUACUUUUUUUUUAUCCUAUAAAGGUACUGUUGUUUUCACCCUUUAAUCAAUCGUUUAACUUGUUUUAAAGUAAAUAGUUUGUGUGGCUAGUUUACCACUAAUUUGAUGCACUCAGAUUAACACAAUGUGGUUGUAGAUUGUACAAAUGUGCUUGAUUUUAACACAUUUAGGGUUUUUAACAGCUCUGAUAUUUAUUUAGAUAUGCAACAAAGCUAAAUCAGAGGUUUGUUCCUUAGUGCCUUGUUUUGGUUUGGUUUUUAUUUAGAAAUUGUGGCCUUUAUUAGACAUUUUCCCUCUUUGUCUGUGAAAUGUUUUACCUUCUACAGUAGUUUGGCUAAAAAUAAAAAUGUACACAAAACACAAUUCUCCCCAUACCCCAUGUGUAUCUGGAUUAUAACAGCAGAUAUGAACUAUCAGCACCACUGAAACUGUUCAAGUCAAGAUUAAUUCUACUGGCAGAGGACAAAACCUUAACUUCUGGAUUAUAUUUUUUAUAUAAUAGAUAGAUAUUACAAACCUACAUUAGCUAUGUAUACACUAUAAACAUUAAAAAUCUGCUAUAAAUUGUUAAUGAGUCGAUCAAUAAUGUUUCAUAUUCUAGGGUUACAACACGGUAUUACUAAACAGUGCUAAAGGCUGAAUAUUUAGCAAAGCUAAACUUAGCUAAUAGCAUUCUGUAGCACAAGUGCAAAAGUUAGCUACAUUUGGGACAAGAGGUACAUCAAACUGUCGAUGAACUGUUACAUGAACGUGUGAUGAACAUAUUUGAAAUGUGACUGACUGUCUUUAAAGUGUUCUGUGUGCAUUACAAGCUUUGAGAUGCUACUUCUAAAGGGCUCUGAUGAACUCCUUCAGGUCUCUCACUCAGCCUGACUGAAUCCCUGUGUGAGGUUUAAUGCUUCUGAUUUAUUUUCUUGUAAUUAAAAAGGAUGAAAGUUGAAA